GGCGCGGGAGCCACCAUGUCGUUCGCACUGGAGGAGACGCUCGAAUCGGACUGGGUGGCUGUGCGGCCCCAUGUGUUCGACGAGCGCGAGAAACACAAGUUCGUCUUUAUUGUGGCCUGGAACGAGAUUGAGGGCAAGUUUGCCAUAACCUGCCACAACCGGACGGCCCAGAGGCAGAGGAGCGGCUCCCGGGAGCAGGCGGGGACGCGAGGGGGCACCGAGUCUGGUACAGCCGCGUCCGACGGGACCCGCGGGCCAGGUAGCUCCGCGGGCAAGGGGCGGCCGGAGGCCACUGUUGCUGCGACUCUGGGGAGGAGCCCUGGACCCCGGAGGAGCCCGGCCUGGGCAGAAGGCGGCUCUCCGCGGAGCGCGCGCAGCCUUCGGGGGGACUCGCUGCCGCGGAGUUCACCCGGCAAAGGGUCGGAGAGCCCUCUCAGGAGCCCGGUGCGGGCCAAGUCCACCCCGGUCCGGAAGGGAUCUGAAGGCAGAGAUGUGGCGGGGGCCGCCGCUGCGGCAGCCCCGCCAGUGCCCAGGGAGGCCCCGGUGUCCUCGGUGCGGGUAGUGAGCGCCUGCGGGGCGGUCUCCGAGGAGAUCGAGGUGCUGGAAAUAGUGAGGGAGGACGAAGCGGCUCCGGUGUCCCUGGCACUCUCGGACGCGGAGCAGCAGCCACUCGCCACUGAGCUGGAGUCCGCGGCCGAGGAAUGCAGCUGGGCCGGGCUCUUCUCCUUCCAGGAUCUGCGUGCUGUGCACCAGCAGCUGUGCUCCGUGAACUCGCAGCUGGAGCCGUGCCUGCCCAUCUUCCCCGAGGAGCCCUCGGGUAUGUGGACCGUGCUGUUUGGGGGCGCCCCGGAGAUGACCGAGCAGGAGAUCGACACUCUGUGUUAUCAGCUCCAGGUCUACCUGGGCCACGGCCUGGACACCUGCGGUUGGAAAAUUCUCUCCCAGGUACUCUUCACUGAGACCGACGACCCUGAGGAGUAUUACGAAAGCCUUAGUGAGCUGCGGCAGAAGGGCUACGAAGAAGUGCUUCAGCGGGCCCGGAAGCGCAUCCAGGAGCUCUUGGAUAAGCACAAGAAUACAGAGAGCAUGGUGGAGCUUCUGGACUUGUAUCAGAUGGAGGAUGAAGCCUACAGCAGCCUGGCAGAAGCCACAACUGAACUCUAUCAGUAUUUACUACAGCCAUUCCGAGACAUGAGAGAACUUGCCAUGCUACGAAGACAGCAGAUCAAGAUUUCCAUGGAGAAUGAUUAUCUGGGUCCCCGAAGAAUCGAAAGUCUACAAAAAGAAGAUGCUGAUUGGCAGCGGAAAGCUCAUAUGGCUGUGCUCUCUAUUCAGGAUCUUACUGUCAAAUAUUUUGAAAUAACAGCUAAAGCUCAAAAAGCUGUGUACGAUCGAAUGCGAGCAGAUCAGAAGAAAUUUGGUAAAGCGUCAUGGGCAGCAGCCGCUGAACGUAUGGAAAAACUCCAGUAUGCAGUUUCUAAGGAGACUCUGCAGAUGAUGAGAGCUAAAGAGAUCUGUUUGGAACAGAGGAAACAUGCACUAAAGGAAGAGAUGCAGAGUUUGCAGGGUGGUACAGAAGCCAUAGCCCGACUGGAUCAGUUAGAAGCUGAUUAUUAUGAUCUGCAACUUCAGUUGUAUGAAGUACAGUUUGAAAUCUUGAAGUGUGAAGAGUUACUAUUGACAGCACAACUUGAAAGCAUCAAAAGACUUAUAUCAGAAAAGAGAGAUGAGGUAGUAUACUAUGACACCUACGAAAGCAUGGAGGCCAUGCUAGAGAAGGAAGAGAUGGCAGCAUCAGUGCAUUUACAGAGGGAAGAGCUGCAGAAGCUUCAGCAGAAAGCGCGCCAGCUGGAAGCAAGACGUGGACGGGUUUCAGCCAAGAAAGCCUACCUCAGAAAUAAAAAGGAAAUUUGUAUUGCAAAACACAAUGAAAAAUUCCAACAGCGCCUUCAGAGUGAAGAGGAAUAUAGAACCCAUCACACAGUACAACUAAAGAGAGAAAAAUUACAUGAUGAAGAAGAAAGAAAAAGUGCUUGGGUUAGCCAAGAAAGACAGAGAACGCUGGAUAGACUUCGAACUUUUAAACAGAGAUACCCUGGCCAAGUUAUACUUAAAUCAACCAGACUGCGGCUGGCUCAUGCAAGGAGGAGGAGUGCCGCCAGUCCUGUGCCCUGCGAGGACCAGUGCGACCCUGUGCCAGGAGCACCGCAGGUUGAAGAGAGGCGGGAAGAGGUGCAGGAAGGCAGAGGCAAGCUUGGGUCAUCCCAGACAGCAGAAGCACACAGCCUCACACAACUUGAAGAUACUGCAUUAGUACAACUUGAAGCCACUUCAUUACCUCUCAGUGGUGUUACCUCGGAACUGCCUCCCACUGGUCCUCUUUCUCUUUUGAAUGAUAUUGACCUUGAACCAGGUUCUGUUACCACAGAUCCACUCCCACCACCUCUUCCUCCAACACCACCUCCCCCACCGCCACCUCCUCCCCCACCCCCACCGCCACCACCUCUGCCUGUUGCUAAAGACAACAUCCCAGAGACACUGGAGAAAGGUCUGCCCAGAAUGGAGGGGAGCGAGAAGAGGAUCCCUAAGUCUGCGAGUGCCCCUUCAGCACACCUCUUUGACAGUAGCCAGCUAGUCAGUGCCAGGAAGAAGCUGAAAAAGACUGCUGAAGGUUUGCAGAGAAGGAGAGUGAGCUCACCCAUGGAUGAGGUGCUAGCUUCAUUGAAACGUGGUAGUUUUCAUCUGAAAAAGGUUGAACAGCGAACUCUGCCUCCUUUUCCUGAUGAAGAUGAUAGUAAUAAUAUCUUGGCACAAAUAAGGAAGGGGGUAAAAUUGAAGAAGGUACAGAAGGAAGUUUUGAGAGAAUCCUUCACACUUCUGCCUGACACAGACCCUCUAACACGGAGCAUCCAUGAAGCUCUUAGAAGAAUCAAAGAAGCAUCCCCUGAGUCAGAGGAUGAAGAGGAGACUUUGCCUUGCACAGAAUGGGAAAACUAACAAGUGACUCAACAGAAAGAAAGAAAGAAAAAUCUGCAGUUGAAGAUUGAUUUAUAUUCUUUUGGAAAACAAAUUUUAAGCACUUGGUUCCACAAUUGGAUUCCAUUAGAUCCAAAGUGUAUUGGCUCAGUGGUGUGAAAAAAAGGAAGCACAACUGGCAAGUUACCCCUUUUCCAGUCAUUCCAGUAGAUGGUGAUUAACGUGAGUUUUAUAUGUGCAAUGUUCCUGACUACAGUGAAGAAAAGGCCUUCAAGGAGAUCCCUGUUUUUUGUAUUUUUGUUUUUUUACCACCUUCUGUUCACCCACUUGCAUACCUACAGUGGCCAGUAAAGCUAGGGGUCGCUAUGAGUUGGAAGAACAAUGCAUUGACAGAGGCCUGCUGUGGGCUGUAUUGGGACGGCUUUGAAAUCCACUUUUCAGUGCACUGAAUAGACAUCUGCUUGAAAAUUACAAAGCUUCUUCCAUAUCAGCUUAUAUAAAUAGUGUGACACUCUGAAAAAGUUUAUCAUGAUAGCUAUUGGACAGGAAUUGGAAGAAAAUCAGAUG